AUGCAGCGUGAUUUCAUUCAUGAAUUUGAUAAUUCUCUUUUCUUGUUGCAAAUUGUUGGGACAACAAACUCAUGGAACGCUUUGAGUAUCAAUUUUAUGAUGAAAUUCGUGAUUUUAGUGCUUGUCAUCAACGUUUUUGUCGCGUGGAGUGUUUGUGGUGAUGAUGCGCAUGAUCGUGAAAAGCGCAGUCCAGACAAGUACGAUGAUGAAUAUAGCAAAUUUCUUCGUCGUAACUUUCAAGACGCAAAUGAAAAGCAUUUAGAUAAGAAAAGCGAAUACAAGCAAGCUAAAGAAGAUUAUCAAAGUCAUGAAGAUGAUGACGAUGAUGGUGAUGAUGAUGAAGAAGUGGAACAUGAUGAUGAUGAUGAUGAUGACAGUGCUGGAGAUGGAAAGGCAGAUGAUGAUUUCGGUCAUGAUUGGCAUUACGGUUCAUCAGCUGAUUAUGACAGAAUCAAAGCAUUGUCUGAAAAACAAGUCGCUGAGUUACGUAAAAAUCCAAAAAAUUGCAAGCAUUACGAAAAAGAUGGAAUGGUUUGUGCAACAUGUGAAGAUCCUGAAACUGGAGAUAAUUCUGAAUCUUGCGCUUAUUCAUCAGAACCUCAUGAUAAGAAAGUUGCUUAUUCGAGUAAGAAGAGUCACAACUACAAGAAACCACAAGAGUCUGAAGCACAAAAGAUAGCAGAUGAUGACGAUGAGACUGAAGAUAAGGAAGAAUAUGCUUUCAAUUUUCCAAGUGGACCAAAACCUGUGAAACAUAAAAGCGAAUCGGAAGACGCUGAUUAUGGCGCUUAUAAACUCGCUGGCACCAACGAUGAUGUCGAAGAUUAUGACGAACCGAAAUUCGCUAAUCUUAAAGUAGCACCGAAAAACCAAAAGUUGGAUAAUGAUUUCGAGAUCAUUCCACAAUCGAAAUUCCAGUCGAAGAACUUAAAUGAAGCAUUAAGUCAUUUUAAAACCAAAGACUGGUCGAAAUGCAACAAGAUUAUGAAAGGAGAUAUGACUUGUUAUUACUGCAAAGAUGACAAAGGUGCAACACAAGAAGAAUGCAUGUUCAUUUCAACUACCAAUCCGAAGAACUUCAAAGUUGAACGAAGUGAAUCUCACGCCUAUGACAAUACAAAGAAACCAAAUAAGGAUAAGCAAAUUAAGAAAUCAGAAGCUUUGAAAAUCACUCCAAGUUUCUCGGAAAGGAAAGAACGUUUUGCAGGUGUACGCAUUGGCCGUCCAUUAGCGCCAACAAAGGCAACAAUUAAAUCAACUGCGGAACCACUCGUAACACCGAAGACAAACAUCAACCCAAAUACUCACAAUGACUCCAAUAACGUAAGCGUCAAAAAGUCCAUCAAACGAGCAACUUCAACCAAGAAGCAAGUGUCUGAAAUUUGUUCAUCUUAUGAUGAUUAUGGAAAUGUUCACACUCUCACUUUAGGUAGCAAAUAUCAUUGUGAGUUCUCACUUGAAAAUCAAAUCGAUUAUAUGUAA